CCCUGGGCUAGUGCCUGCAAAGAACAGCCAGCGUCAACACAGGAAGCCCCUUUUUCGGGCAGAGACGGCCGGGAAUUCCACAAGGAUUUGAGCUAUGGGAAAGAGGAAAUCAAGAGCAAAGCCACCUCCAAAGAAGCGAAUGGAUAAGCUUGACACUGUCUUCAGCUGCCCCUUCUGCAAUCAUGGCUCUGGCGUUGAAUGCCGCAUAGAUAUGAAGAACCUCAUAGGGGAAGCUUCUUGCAGGAUAUGCCAAGAGAGCUUUAGUACUACCAUCACAGCUUUAUCGGAGCCAAUAGACGUAUACAGUGAAUGGAUUGACGAAUGCGAACGGGUCAACAACCUGGAAGAUGAUGGGGCUUAACUUGGAUGCUGACUAACCACUGUGUUUGGUGGAAGUGGAUGGAGGGACUGUCCAUCUUUAUCUUUUGUUCUGCCUGUAUGUAAGUAAAUUACUAAUUAUGCCUGUUCCUGUUUUAAGCAUUUGUGCAGGCACAAGUUUGGUUCCUGUGUCAGACUGCCAUAUACCUCGUGUAAUAGAAUGUGCAAGAACGUGACUGAGAAUAAUUCAGCUUGCUGCCUGUUUAGAUGAAGCCCCCUUCACAUGCUCAUAUUGAAGCCUUGAAAUAAAAUUGCAGUGUAUUUAUGU